GCCCUCGUUCUCCCCCCUCCCUGGCCCUGCUCGCCCCCGUUUCUUUCUUUUGAGAAGCUUGGAUAGAUAAGAUGGCCUAGUGAGAGAGAUAGAUAGGAUAGCUAGCUCUCUCCCAAGGAGACAUUCCCCGCUUUAUGGAUGCCAUGUGGUUACUGCCACCCUCCUUAAUGACCAUCGCUAACCCAGCCAUGCCAUACCACCGUGUAGUCUAGGUGUAUCCCUCCUCCGUUAAGCUCAGCUCUUUCCCCCUUGAGGCCAACACCCCCCUCCCAGCUCCACCACAAACCUAGCCACAACUAUAAGGUUCCCACUUAGAAGUUAGAACAAGUCACAACACAGCACGCCCCAACAACCCCACCGCCCAAGAACACGCCACAGGAAAGAGAAGAAUCUCAGCUCCGUCCUAAUCGCACCGGCGACAACGCGGGCGAGCGAGCUAGCUCCGGCGAGGCCGGAGACGCCCAUGGAGUACAAGAGGUCAUCGCAUGUGGAGGAGGACGAGGAGCUGGAGGAGGAGGAGGAAGAGGAGGAGGACGAUGAGGAGGAGGAGGAGGAAGAGGACGAGGAGGGGGCGAUGAGGGACCGUCGGCACCAGCACCAGCACCCGCACCAUCAUCGCCACCACUACACCACGGCGCCGGCCACGGCCGCGCCCCCGCUGCACCUGCACAUGCAGGGGCAGGCUCCCCAGGUUCUUGGCUCGCCUGCCGCGGCUGCCUCUUCGCCCUCCUCCUUGAUGGAGGCGGCGGCUUUCUCCAGGCCUCUCUUGCCUCCCAACUCCUCCCUUGUCUCCUCGCCGCCGCCGCCGCCGCAGGCGCCGCCCGGCUUCCUCCUGCCUCAGCACCAGCAUCCCCACCGGAGAAGGGUGGACAGGGAGAGGGAGAAGGAGAGGACGGUGGAGGCGCCUGGGGAGGCCCACCGCCAGCAGCAGCAGCCGCAGCCGCAGCACCAGCGCCAUCAGGAGCCGCAGCCGCAGCGCCAUCAGGAGCCGGCGAGAAAUGGCGUGCUCGGUGGUGGCGCCAUGCCUCCCCCGCCGCCUACGCUUGCCAUCGUGACCGGCGGCGCCACAAGGGCGGCAGGCGAGCACGGUGGCGCCUCGGGGCCGGAGCCGCUGCCGUGGAGGUACAGGGAGUGCCUGCGGAACCACGCCGCGCGGAUGGGCGCGCACGUGCUCGACGGCUGCGGCGAGUUCAUGCCGUCCCCGGGCGACGGGCCCGCCGCGCUGGCCUGCGCCGCGUGCGGCUGCCACCGCAGCUUCCACCGCCGGGAGCCGGUGGUGGUGGUCCCCUCGCCCUCGCCCUCGCCAGCCUCCGCCGUGGUGUCCCCCUCCGCGACCCCAGCCGGCGCCAACUCCCGGCUCAUGCCGCUCCUCCUCGCCCCGCCGCACAUGCAGCAGAAGCGCCCGCACGUCCCGGCGUCCCCGAUGUCCGCGCCCGCCGCGCUGGCCGAGUCCUCGAGCGAGGAGCUGCGCGCCCCGCCGCCGCCGCCCCCUCCGCCCCACUCGCAGGCGCAGGCGGCCGCGGGCGGGUCGGCCUCCGCGCCCCCGGCGCCGAGCAAGAAGCGGUUCCGGACCAAGUUCACGCCGGAGCAGAAGGAGCGCAUGCUGGAGUUCGCGCACCGCGUGGGCUGGCGCGUGCAGAAGCCCGACGGCGGCGUGGUGGACGCCUUCUGCGCGCAGGUCGGCGUGCCCCGCCGCGUGCUCAAGGUGUGGAUGCACAACAACAAGCACCUCGCCAAGACCCCGGCCACGUCCCCGCAGCCGCUGCCGCCGCUCCACCACGACCCUAGCCCUCCUCCCCACCACCAGCACCAGCACCACCCAGCGCCGCCCCACCACCAGCAGCAGCAGCACGGUGCAUGAGCCAGCGAGCAGCAGCAGCACGACGCUAGAGGAUGCAUUAGCCAUUAGCAUUUUUAUCAUUUCUCCCGUGUAAUUCCCGUAACCUCAUCGUUGUCAGGUGUUAACCCGUGCGUCGGCAGUCACUUAGGAGGGAGUAGACCAGUAAUGUGGGAAGAGGUAGCCUGAACCCUGAGACGGCAUGCAUGCAUUCAUUCCUUCUUCCUCUUGCUCAUUGCUCUCGUCUCAUGGAUAAAUAACAAUGGUUAGGUUAGCACGGUGAGAGACAACUGCUUCUUGCUUAGAUCCUACUACUACAUUAGAGAUUUUGGGGCCUCUUUCUCUCUCUUCUCUCUGAUAGUGCUGUGGUGCAUGCGUGCCUGUGCUUGCUUGGAUGUAUGCAGUUGCAGUGGCAUUUCUUGAUGCAAUUGCAGCGGCACUGCCAUUGCCAAUGCACCCGCCCUUCUUGGCUUGGGCACUCGUUGCUUUU